CCCGCUUACAUUUCUUGUCUUCCCAGAUCUGCCCUCCUUGGCACUGUGCUUCCCCAGAGGGGCGGCCUCGCUGUUCCCAUGGAUGUGGCCCAGGAGCCGGUGACCUUCAGGGACGUGGCCAUCUACUUCUCAAGGGAGGAGUGGGCGUGUCUGGAACCCAGCCAGAGGGCCCUCUACCGGGACGUGAUGCUGGACAACUUCAGCAGUGUGGCUGCUCUGGGAUUUUGCAGCCCCAGACCAGACCUCGUCUCUCGCCUGGAACAGUGGGAGGAGCCGUGGGUUGAAGACCAGGAGAGACCUGAGCUCCAGGCAGUGCAGAGGGGGCCCCGGCCAGGGGCAAGGAAGUCUGCAGACCCCAAGAGACGCGGUGAUCAUCCAGCUUGGGCUCAGAAGAAAGCCCACGUGCGGCGAGAAAGAGCCAGGGAAGGAAGCAGCUUUAGGAAGGGCUUCAGGCUGGACACGGAUGACGGGCAGCUUCCCAGAGCUGCUUCAGAAAGGACAGACGCCAAGCCCACGGCUUUCCCGUGUCAGAUGCUCACGCAGUGUUGUGGGCGGAGGCCGGGCCGCAGAGAGCGCCGGAAGCAGCGCGCGGUAGAGCUGUCGUUCAUCUGCGGCACGUGCGGGAAGGCGCUCAGCUGCCACAGCCGGCUGCUCGCUCACCAGACGGUGCACACGGGGACCAAGGCCUUCGAGUGCCCCGAGUGCGGCCAGACCUUCCGGUGGGCUUCAAACCUGCAGCGUCACCAGAAGAACCACACGCGCGAGAAGCCCUUCUGCUGCGAGGCGUGCGGGCAGGCGUUCAGCCUGAAGGACCGCCUGGCUCAGCACCGCAAGGUCCACACCGAGCACAGGCCCUACUCGUGCGGCGACUGUGGGAAAGCCUUCAAGCAGAAGUCCAACCUUCUCAGACACCAGCUGGUGCACACCGGGGAGCGGCCGUUCUACUGCGCGGACUGCGGCAAAGCCUUCCGGACCAAGGAGAACCUCAGCCACCACCAGAGGGUCCACAGCGAGAAGCCCUACACCUGCGCCGAGUGUGGCAAGUCCUUCCGGUGGCCCAAGGGCUUCAGCAUCCACCGGAGGCUGCACCUGACAAAGAGGUUCUACGAGUGCGGCCACUGCGGGAAAGGCUUCCGCCACCUGGGGUUCUUCACGCGGCAUCAGAGAACUCACAGGCACGGGGAGGUGUAGGGGCGCCUGAAGCGUAGGGUGCCGCGCCUCUGCGGGAGUACUGGGCCCUGAGGGAGAGCUGCAGUGAGAAGUUGCUCUUCAGCCUGGAAAGUCAACCUGAAAAGAAGCCUUCUCAGUCCUCAGAGCUCCCUAGUCCCCCGAGAAGUUUUACUGGGAAAACUGCCAGGUGGGAGAAGCGGAUCCAUGGGUACGCCGGAGAUGGCCGGGGCUCUGGAGAUGGCGGGGGCUUGCCUCAGCGCUGGGUACCCUGGGGAUGUGCUGAGAGCGUGCGCGACCCCGGAGCCACAUGCCAGGCCGGGCUCAGAGGUGGAGAAGCCUGCCCGGUGCCCACAGCUGUCUGGCUCAGGGACUCCACCCUGGCCCCGAGUCGCCGUCUGCUGGGCCUUUCCUUCCUGGCUUUGCACCCCAUGCUCGCUGCCCAGUAUGGCUUCCUUUCUUGUCUCUGUCUUGGGUGAGGCAGCUGUGAGCAUUGCACAGAGGCAAAGACCCUUCUGCAGCCUCUGCGCUGGGCCAUAGAAACAAGAGCCUUUGUAAUACUGAACCUUAUUCAAGGAUUAGGGAGUGGUGGUUAGGUCAGGGCCACCCCCAGUGUUGCAGGAACGGCCUCCACCCAGCUCUGUUGGUCAGAGCCUGGGUCACGCACCUGGAAUUGGGAGAUCAAGUUGGGUCUCAGGGCAGUGAGGUGGCCAUGUUCACCACAGGGC